AACCUCCCUGAUAAUAGAGAAUCUGUUGAGUGUCUUAACUAAGUGUGCUACAGUACCCGGCUCUCGUUCUUAUCACUGAUCUUCAUCACGUUCCCGCUGCUCUCUGUGACUCUUGUGAUUAGAAAAAUUGAGCCAGUUCGCAGUCGCCACUAAAGAGUUCGAUUCUCAGGUUCGACACCUUGGUCUGACGGGCAGUUUAAUUCACUGCAUAAAUAGACAGUCGGGUUAGCCAGACAAACGGACAGUCGGGCUCCCCGGAACAGACCGACAGCCGGGUUAGCCGGACAAACGGAUAGUCGGGCUCCCCGAAAAGACCGACAGCCGGGUUCGAUGGACAGUCUCGGGUUCGCUAGACAGACAGUCGUGUUCACUUGACAACACCACAGACACUCCUCCCUCGCCGCUUUCUUCAGUAGUGAUUCACAUAAGUGGGCUGUGGAGAGCAGCGGUGCCUUGCUGACUGGACGAUCUAGGACUACCAGCCUACCUGUGACCUGCCUGUGACUUGCUUGUGAUCGCUGAUUGGAAGAUCUAGCCGUACCAGCCUACCUGUGACCUGCCCGUGAUCGUUGGUUGGAAGCAAUGGAUCUACCAAUCCUACCUGUGAUUGCUGGUUGCAAGCAAUAGGCCUACCAGCCUAUCUGUAAUCGCUGGUUGGAAGCAAUAGGCCUACCACCACCAUGUGCAACCAGCCGAGCCGUGUCAAGAUGUCACCAGUGCGAGUUACAGACAUGCGCUGGAGCUGGGUGCGUAAGAACCUUCUUCUCAUCAUCACCUUCUCCGGCGUCCUCUUCGGCGUCGCCCUCGGUCUGUCACUGCGUGCGGCGGGACCUGACUCUACCACCAUCCUGCUCAUCUCAUACCCUGGUGAACUGUUCAUCAGGAUGCUCAAACUCAUGAUCCUGCCCCUCAUCAUAGCUUCUCUCAUAGCAGGUUCAGCGAGUUUGAACGCACGCAUGAACGGACGCAUCGUGGUACGCACCAUCCUGUACUUUCUUGCCACAUCACUUCUGAACGCACUGCUGGGCGUUCUCCUGGUCAUCGCUAUCCACCCAGGAUCACCCCUAGCCAAGCAGGCGCUGACGCAGGGAAGGAAUUCGUCCGCAGCAGCGCCCCCACUGUCAAAUUCUGAUGGAUUCCUCGACUUGGGCCCGAAAAUCUUCGAAAAUUUUUUCAGCGCCCUUCCCCAACAAGUACACACGGUGUAUGAGGAACAGCAAGUGAUCCAGCACAGCAAUCUGACAGGCGGCAUAGACGCCCACAUCACGGAGUUAGUGCGCUCGGUGAAAUACCGGGCAGGCACCAAUACCCUGGGUAUCAUCGUGUUCUGCCUGGUAUUUGGCACUCUGCUGGGUUCCCUGGGCAAGAAGGGUGCCGUGGUGGUCGACUUCUUCUCUGUAGUUGACACUGUCAUCCUCAAGAUUGUCACUGGUGUCAUGUGGCUGUCUCCCAUCGGCGUUGCGAGCGUUAUUAUGAGCAAAAUCCUGAGUGUGGAGAACCUGGGCACAGUGAUGAGUAACCUGGGACUCUUCAUCGUGACGGUGGUGGCGGGAGUGUUUAUCUACCAGUGGAUCAUACAAAACCUCUUCUAUUUCCUCUUCACUGGCCGCAACCCCUUCACUUUCUACUUCCACUUGCUGGAGCCCUGGGUCACGUCCUUCGCCACGGCCUCAACGGCGGCUACGCUGCCUAUCACCUUCCGCUGUAUGAAUGACAAGUGUGGGGUCGACCCACGUAUCUCCCGCUUCGUUCUCCCUAUCGGCGCCACGGUCAACAUGGACGGCACUGCUUUGUUCGUAUCUGUUGGCACCGUCUUUAUCGCUCAGAUGAAUGAGCUGCCCCUUAGUGUGGGAGAAUACGCCACUAUCAUUGUGACGGCUACAGCUGCCAGCGUGGCCAGUGCUAGUGUACCCAGCGCAGCUCUGGUCUUGAUCCUCAUCGUUCUUACCUCCGUCAACCUGCCAGCAGAGGAUGUUUCUCUCCUCUUCGCCAUUGAUUGGCUAGUAGAUCGUUUUCGCACGACCAACAACAUGUUGGGUGACUGUUACACUGCCGCCAUAGUAGAACACUGGAGCCAGGAUGAACUCAAGGCUAUGGAUGCGGAGGCUAACGCUGAGAAUUACUCCAACGAUGUGGAGAAAGCUGCUGACCUCACGCCUCUGGUAACCCGCCAGCAUGAUGCUGAUCCUGACUCCCUCCUGCAUGAGUCCCUGACUCUCCUUAAGGGCGUGAACUCCUCCAUUACCAAUGGUAAAAUUGGAAACAAUGGAGAGAUUCAUGUGGAGGUGGAGUCACUCCCUCGGGAUACCAACACCACCAAGAUAUAGAAAAAGAGACGUUGAUUAACACCUUAGUAAGCAGGAAAAUCAAAGAAACUUGGAAAAACACACUUGUGUGUAUAUGUUUAUUUUAAGUUUUGUUAUUUAUUACAAAUGAAACAAACAGUUUGUUUAAUGAAAGAUAACCAGUUUGACUAAACAUAAUUAUGAUACACUAAGAGACUAAGUCACCUUAGUUUUUCACAGUACCAGAUAUUGUACUGUAUUGUUUGGAAUUAUGCAUAGCAAUGUCUGGAGCUAUCUGGAGUAUUGUGCUAGUGUAAUUAUCCAGAUUAUUGUGUUUGAAAAUAUCCAGAUUACUGUGUUUGGAGUUAUUCUGAGUACUGCUUGAAAUUAUUCAGAUUACUAUACAGUGGAACCUCAAAUAUCGAACUUUCUUCGGUCCAGAAGGCUGUUCGAGUGCCUUUACCGAAUGAAUUUAUUCCCAUCAGGAAUAAUGUAAAUUAGAUUAGUCCAUUUCAGACCCUCAAAAAUACACUUAUAAAAGUACUUACAAAAAUACACUUACAUAAUUGGUUGUGUUGGGAGCAGUUCGAUUUUUGAGGUUCCACUGUAUUUCUAUCAAGUAUUUAAUUGUUCAGUAGACAUUAGGACUGAUCAAAAUAAAGCAAGGACAGGGUUAGGUCUACUCUGUACACUAAAUAGUAAUGGGUGCUAUUUUUUACGCAUGUCACUCGGUACCCUGAGUAUCUAUACUUGAUGUUCCCUUUAUAACCAUGGCAGUAAAAUACAAUAUCUACAAAGUAUGAGUGCCAUAUAUGACGAGUGGUCAAAAAUCUGUGGCUUGGGGUCUAACAGACCAUAGGUCUCGGCAUGAAACUGUGCAAUGUCAACCCCCAAGUCAGUGUUAUUUUGAUCUCCCUCAUAUUUGUGUGACUGACAUAGUCCAUUUUAAUACUUAAUCAUUUAUCUGUAAUAAGGUAUUCAGUAUUAAUGAAAUGAUAAAUUUAAGAAUUUAUGCACUAUUCCUAACUUAGCAUUGUUACAUACAACAAUGUUUUGGAACUUCACAUGUGGAUCUAACUAGGUACUGAAUGUUAGGUCCAUGAGUGCAAUAGAAUGUGUGGACCAGGUGGAGUCAGAUCUCCUAAAACCUAGUUUAGUAUUAUAUAGUUUAGUAAUAUAUAGUAGUUUGGGUGAGAAGUAGGUGGUUGGAGAUUACGCUUAUUAUAAAGGACAGUCUUCAUAGCUUUUGUUAAAUUUGGUUUCAGUGAAAUGCAGCCUGGUGCUGUACUUAAAUCAAGUCUCCUAAUUGAGCUGAGUCUCUCAAAUUUCCAAUUUACAUGUAGUUUCAUUUUGUCUGUUUGCAGUUUUCCUGGCAAAUUGACUAAUUGAUUAGUUUGCUUCAACAUUUCUUAGCUACUAAAACCUAAUUUUAUGAAUGAUUUUUAAACUUAAGUAUUAUAACUAAUAAACAUACAGACAUUUCAUUUAUUUUAAUGAAACCCAUGUCGGGUAAAAUCCAACAGUGAAACAACUGUUAGAGAUAACUUACUGAUAGGCUGUUUAGGCAUAACGGCAUAUUUCUAUGAUAAGAAAUUUCAGUAAGGCUUACACAUCUGCACAAAGGAGAUCUUUCCUCAACCCAUCUUGCUGCUACACUGUAUUAAUAGCUAUGAAUGUAAAAGUGUUAGCUAGGCUUGACAGUGCGGCUUCACUGCAGGAUUCUUGCCAUUGCUUGAUACAGUAGCGUGUGUAGUUGACUGGGCUGUGUGUUGUGCAGCAGUAUGUAUGUAGCCCUUGUGAUGUACUUUGAACUACCGAUAGUGUAAUUAUGUGCAUGUAUUCUUCAUUGACCUCAGAGAAAUAUAUUGUGUCUUCAUAUUGCAUCCACUUUGUACUGACAUAUCAUGCAGAUUUUAAUAGUGUACAGAAAAUUGUCCUCAUACUGUAUAAGUGAGAUUAUUAGAUUUUUAAUUUUUAAAUACACCUCUAAGUGUCCGGGGCCCCAGACUGUUCAACAGCUUCCCACCAAGCAUAAGGGGAAUUACCAAUAAACCCCUGGCUGCCUUCAAGAGAAAGCUGGACAGAUACCUAAAGUCAGUGCCAGAUCAGCCGGGCUGUGGUUCGUAUGUUGGACUGCAUGUGGCCAGCAGUAACAGCCUGGUUGAUCAGGCCCUGAUCCACCGGGAGGCCUGGUCGUGGACUGGGCCGCGGGGGUGCUGAUCCCCGGAAUAACUUCCAGGUAGACUCCAGGUUCUCAUGCACUAUAUGCAUUGAUUGGAUGUUUUAAAAUUCACAUUCAGUACAAUGGUAGAAGGGCAGAGUUGAUAAUCCUUAAAUUUAUGUAUUUUAGUUUAUAAACAACUUUUUAAAUUACUAGUACAAAAAAAAUUAAAAAGUGAUACUGCCAAAAUAGUUUCGUGAUGCACUUACCUAUCCUACUCAAUGCGCUGUUGACAAUUUUAAAGCAUGAAGAUAUUAUAGCACUUAUUCCAAUUUCCUGUUCUUCAUGAAAGCCAUGAUAUAAAGGCUCUCAGAUACUCUGAGUCUGACUUACACUGUAGCAAAGAUUCAUGGACAUAGUAGUUACUACUACAGCAAUAGAGUUAUUUGUAAACUCUUAGUAACCGUUAUGAGGCAGCACAUGAACAGUGUUUGUUGUACGAUAUUUUGACUUUUGUCAAGGUUAAUUAAAGGCACAAAGAAAGCUUGCCUGGUUCAGUAAUGAGCAAUCCAACUUAAAAAAAAAAUAAACUUUUCCCUAUUCCUAACUGUAACUUUCUACAGGUGAACUGGACAUCCCCUGAAGGGCUUCCAUUUUUACAAAUAUAUUUUGUAACCUACUUGAUUAUGUAUAUAGUGUAUCAGAGAUUUUUCACCACCAAAUACAUCCUUCUGUGAGGGGAAUGUUCAUUCACAGAAGUACAGUAUAUGUCAGUAGUAGAAUAUACUGACAAGUGUGUAAAUUAGACACAAUGCGGUUUAUGGCAUUUUAGUGAGUGAAAGUUUCAUCCACCAGGGACUUUAUCAGUUCUCUUAGAAAUGGGUAGAAAGAUAUAGUGAAGAGAUAGUGAGGUGUGCUCACCUAUUUGUGAUUGAAGGGGUUGAUUCACAUCUCGCCUCCCCCCCUUCCUCUUUGCUAGUCGCUACUAGGUCCACUCUCUCCCUGCUCCAAGAGCCGUUUUAUGCCUCAUCUUAAAGCUACAUAUGGAUCCUGGCUCCACUACUUCAUUCUCCAGAUUGUUGAACUUCCUGAUAACUCUAAGGCUGAAAAAAUACUUUCUAACAUCCCUGUGACUCAUCUGAGUUAACUUCCAGUUGUGCCUCCUUGUUCAUGUGUUCCAUCUCUGAAACAUUCCGGCCCUCUCCACCUUGUCAGCUCCUCUCAGUAUUUUAUGUCAUUAUUAUGUCUCCUUUAUCCCUCCUGUCCUCCAGUAUCAUCAGGUAGAGUUUCCUUAAACUCUCCUUGCAGGGGAUGCCCCUUAUCUCUGGGACUAGUCUUGUUGCAAACAUUUGCACUUUCUCCAAUUUCUUGAUGUGUCUGACCAGUGCUACAUACUCCAAUAUGGGCCUGACGCACACAGCGUACAGUGUCGUGAAUGACUCCUUACUUAGAUGUUGCAAUAGUAUUCCUAGGUUUACCAAGUGUCCAUGUGCUGUAGUGUUUAUUUGGUUGAUGUGCACCUCAGAUGUGCUCAGUAUGAUGCUCACCCCAAGAUCCUUUUCCUCAAGUGGGUUUUGCAGCCUUUGGCCCCUUAGUCUGCCCAAAAUACCCCAGCAUGUUCAUGGCUUUCUUUGUACCUAUCAACAUGUUUUAUAUGCAUUCACACAUUAUAAUCUGUGCAAAGAAAUAGAAUUGUUAUUGUUAGGCUGUAGUCCAUCUGCAGUCUUCUUUGUCCUUCCCCAAGUUUCAUGACUUUGCACUUGGGGUUAAAUUCUAGGAGCCAUUUGUCAGACCAGGCUUGCAAGCUGUCCAGAUACCCUUGUUAGACUUACCUGAUCCUCGUGUACUUGUAUUCUCCUCGUUAGUUUCACAUUGUCUACAAACAGGGACACCUCUGACUAGCAAGUUUAUUUAGGCACAGGUUCACAUAGGUACAAUUAUCAUUGUGUAAAUUACCUAGAAUAACCAAAAACGUCAGUGACAUUUCUGUCAUGUGUGCCCACCGUGACACCUUGUUACAUACCAACACAUCUUGUUUCCUUCGUGUCAGUUAUUCUCUGAUCCACUGCAGUACUUUCCCAGCUAUUCCUGCCUGCUCCUCUUGCUUCUCACCCAGUCUCUUGUGUGGUACUGUGUUGAAAGCUGCCUUACAGUCCAAGAAGAUACAGUUUACCCUUCCCCCUCUCUCCUGUCUUCUGUUACCUUGUUGUGGAGCUCAGGUUUGUGAUUCAGGAUUUCCUUUCCCUGAAGUCGUGCUGGUUGUCAUGUAUGAGCCCUUUCCUUUCUAGGUGCUCCACCACUCUUUUGAUAAUUUUCUCCAUAAUUUUACAUACUUAUUAUAUACGUGUCAGUGACACUGGUCUGUAGUUUAAUGCUGCCUGUCUGUAUCCUUUCUUAAAAAACUGGGGUUACAUUUACUGUCUUUCACACCUCAUGCAGUUGUGUUGUUUUGAUGUGGAGGUGAUGUCACCUACAGUAAUAUGUUCAGCCAAAUAGAAGCUUCUUCCUUUGAAAUUAGGCCAGUAUGUGGGCCGACUUUGCUAUCCCAUGUAGUUUAUCAGUGGAUCAAGUCCCAGUGGAUGAAACAUCUCAGUACAAUGCCAUAAACUGCAUAUUGCAACUUAUUUAUGUUCAUAGAGAUAUUAUUAUUAUAAUCAAAGGGGAAGCGCUAAACCCGGAGGAUUAUACAGCACCUGGGGGGGGGGGGGAAUGUGGAAGGCAUUCAGGCUUAAUUUGGGGAACUGGAGCACAGAUCCAAUUCCCUAAAUCAAGAGCCCCUCACCAACAUUUUAUAGAGAUAGCCCUGGAUGCAUGUUAAGACGAGACACUCCUCAGCUCCCUUGGGAAAAGUUGACCUUGUUUUUUGUUGCUAUUGUUUGAACUCUCAAAGGUGACAUAAAUAAAAGUACUUGCUAUGAGAAGCUAUGACUGAGUGCUAACUGAUGUACUGGAACACAUAUUCAUAAGCAAUUUUUUAUCUUGUCUGUUAUUAUUAUUAAUCAUCAUCAUCACGAGGAAAUGAUAAACCUGCAAUGAUCAUACAAUACCUAGAGACUGGGAGGUAAUCAGAUUUGAUCCAGUGAAGGGAAAUUAUUAUUAUUAUAAUCAAAAACAGUGAAGGGAAAGAUACCUCCAAUUACUUGGGCAGUGAGCCCUCUAGACAUUAAUAUACCUCUGUUCAUUACCCCCCUCCCCUUGGAGGGAGGCACUUGUAGGCUACAAAAUAAAGCAGAAAACUCCAGGAAUGAGCUCAGAGUUUUACAGUAGAGUUUUAAUUUCACUGCUGAUGUAGUUAUAUACAUACUUGUACAAUGAGCGAUGUGUCUGUGCUUGUACACUCCUUGUCCUAUUGAUUACAGUGUUUUUGACUAUUGGUGUACAGGUUACAUGUAGCCUUGAUGAGCCUCGUGUAGUCGAUAGGCUUUGCAGCUCAUAAAGCAACUAAUCUUCAUGACUAAUUAUAACCAACUGAGUCCAAAGAUUCCCUCAGCUAUGAAGAGUAAGUCCUGGAGCUGCUACUAGAAUAACUCACUACUACUGCCUGACACUUAGGAUGUUACCUAUGGUACAGUGCCAUUGUAGUUGUAAUUCCUAGAAAAACUUGUCUUAGAAAUAAAUCAGUUGUAAUUACUAAAAAUACUUGUCUUAGGAAAAAAUUUAGUCAGAUAAAACUCUUCACAUUAAUAGUUAAUGAAACUCAAAUAUUAUUAGUUAUAUGCAGCUAAGUACAUUUUUUGACGAGAUUAUAAAUAAAAAAGACAUAUUACA